CACGUCCUCUGUGUGGAGCCCGAACAGCUUAACCCCUGCCCCUGAAUUUCAGAUGUCAUGGAACCCCCAGUACCGGAGCUCCAAGUUCCGCCAUGUCUUUGGCAAAGCAGCCAACAAGGAGAACUGCUACGACUCAGUGCCCAUCACCAGCAGUGUCCACGACAAUCACUUCUGUGCUGUGAACCCCCACUUUAUUGCCAUUGUGACUGAGUGUGCCGGAGGAGGGGCCUUCCUUGUCAUCCCCCUGCACCAGACUGGAAAGUUGGACCCUCACUACCCAAAGGUUUGCGGGCACAGAGGAAACAUCUUAGAUAUCAAGUGGAACCCUUUUGAUGAUUUUGAGAUUGCUUCCUGUUCUGAAGAUGCCACGAUUAAGAUAUGGGACAUCCCCAAGCAGUUGCUGACAAGGAACCUCACAACCUACAAGAAGGAGCUGGUGUGCCAUGGCCGCAGAGUGGGCUUGGUGGAAUGGCACCCCACCGCCGCCAACAUCCUCUUCAGUGCCGGCUACGACUACAAGGUGAUGGUCUGGAAUCUGGAUACAAGAGAGCCUUUAAUCACAAGCCCGGUCAAGACAAUUGACUGUCACCACGAUGUGGUCCUGUCCAUGUCCUUCAAUACUGAUGGCAGCCUGAUGGCCACUGCCUGUAAGGACCGAAAGAUUCGGAUUCUCGACCCCCGAACAGGGGCCAUCCUGCAGGAAACUCGCCUCCAGGGACACAAGCCCAGCAAGGUGCUGUUUCUGGGGAACCUGAAGAAGCUGUUGUCCACAGGCACAUCCCGAUGGAACCACCGGCAGAUAGCCCUGUGGGACCAGGAAAACCUUUCUGAAUCCGUCAAGGAGGAGGACCUGGAUGGCUCCUCAGGCGUGCUCUUUCCCUUCUAUGAUGUGGACACCAACAUGCUCUACGUGGUGGGGAAGGGAGAUGGGAAUAUCCGCUACUAUGAGGUGAGCACGAACAAGCCUUAUCUUAGCUACCUGACUGAAUACCGCUCCAACAACCCUCAGAAGGGAAUUGGUGUUAUGCCAAAGAGGGGUCUCGACGUGUCAUCCUGCGAGAUCUUCCGCUUCUACAAACUGAUUACAACCAAAAACCUCAUCGAACCCAUAUCCAUGAUUGUACCCCGCCGGUCUGAAUGCUACCAAGAGGACAUCUACCCACCCACAGCAGGGGCCCUCCCCUCCAUGACCGCCAAGGAGUGGCUCAGUGGCAUGAAUAAAGGGCCAGUCCUGGUAUCCCUUAGGCCCGGCUCCGAGAUGCUGAGUUCCCAGCCUCCGCCUGCAGAGAAACCCCUCUCCAGCCCCCCUACCCCUACCUCGUCCUGGCCCCCCGACCUGAAGGAAAAGGUGGUUCCCGAAGAUAGCCGAAGGCCCUUCUCCCUGCCAGAGAGGACAUCAAGAUGGGUGCCAGAGCACAGACACGAGGAGAAGAAAAGCUGUCUCACAAACGGCUUUGAUGUCUUCGAAUGCCCCCCACCAAAGACAGAGAAUGAGGACACCCAGGUGACCGUCCAUUCUGUUCUUUGCCAGCUGCUGCAAAUGUUCUACCGGCAACAGGAAGAGAUCCGAAGGCUGCGGGAGCUGUUGGCCCAGCGUGACGUCCAGGCCAAACAGUUGGAACUGGAGAUCAAAAACUUGCGGAUGGGCUCAGCGAGGUUCUGAGCACAGGUCUCUGCCCUCCCCACCCUCAGGGACACUACUCGGCUCCAUGGGGAGGUCUGAGACCGAAUCACAGGUCUCCCACGAACAACCACUAUUUCUAUAUUUUUUACCAGAAAACAAAGCUCUCAGUCGCUGAAAGAUUCCAGUGGGACAUGGUGCCGUUUUUCUCGUUGCCUUCUUGCAACAAUAGUUCCUUUCAGAUGCUACCUUGCCUUCUAUUUAAUUCUGUGGUAGGGGCCCCUGGUGAGCUGUAACCUCUCAAAGGGAAAAACACUGUAGAAAAAUGGAGCUGGAAGGACCUAGCAGGGGAAUCUACCUCUGGGUUUGAGACUGUGACCACAGAAAGGGAGAAAGACCAAACAGAAAGCCUGUCCCCUCCCCCACCUGAACAUGCACCUGUUCAAUCAGCUGCUCCCCUUCUUUCCAUUUCAUAUAUUGGCUUCUGUGGAAUAAAUAUAUCUACUGCUUUAAACAUAUUAGGAGCUUUAAAAGCAGUAUCUGGCCAAACUCAUUUUGCAGGUGGAGAAACUAAGACCCAGAGAGACGCAAGUGAUCAAGGUGUCCCCAAGAGUUCAUGGUGGGACCGGACUGAGCUCCUGGUCCCAAGGGUCUGGCCUUCUGCUGUUCUCAGCUCCUUGAGCAAGGAGGCCAUUGGCUCUGGCCUCAGCUGCGUUUCUUCCAGUCUCAAUUUCUCCAUCUGAACAAGGGACCCUGGGCUGUGCUGCCCUCUACAGGAUCUGGCGCUCAAAACCAGACUUGGCCUUGACCUGAGAAAAUUACAUGUGGGCUAUUGAUCUGAGUUUGCUGCAGGAGCUCAUCAGACAUCAGAUUUUCAGCUCACUUCUAGAACACAGACAGGAAGUCCAAACCAUCCUCUCUUUAACCAGAAUGAGCCGAAUGAGGGGAGACAUUGCCCCUUAUAGGGGGAUGUGGACAGAGCCCCUCAAGCUCAGACUGCCCCCUCCAGAGCCUUCAGGGCACAGAGCGAGCAAACUCCAGCAUGAAGUAGGCAGAUUUCACUUCAUGGGAACAGAAAAGGCCUCCAGCAGGCCAGGUGCCUCAGCUCUGGAAGUGUGCCAACAGAGCCCGGGGCCAUCCAGCUUAAGGACGCUUCUGGACAAGGUGGAGGCAAGGAAGUAGGACCAGGUGACCCAGAUUCUCAUCCAGCCUGAGUUUUUGUGGUGACCCCCCCAUAUGAAUCUGUUUCUGGACUCUUCUCCAAGGGUUUUCUUUCAGUGGUCAGUACAACGGACCAGCUAGAUACAAGGAAUGCUUGGAAACUAAUGUGACCCCACCACCACCAAUCUUGCCCCGGAAGUACAGGUGAGGAGGUCUGCGCACUGCCAGAUGGGGGCACUAUAAGAGCCCACCUGGCGUGAUAGGUCUCAAUGCAACAGUGCAUGAGAAUCCCCAAGGGUGUGUUUAGGAAAUACAGAUGCCCAGGCCCAACCCCAGCCCAGUUGGCGUGGUGUGCUUUUCUAAGCUCCCAGGUAAUCAGCAGGGUAGUGGCCAUGGAGACCCACCAGCCAACCUAGCAGUGCCGAUCUGCGUGGAGAUGAGGACAGUGAGCCUGGCAAGCGGAGAUGCCAACUCCAUCGUUUAAGUCCUAGUCCACGGCUCCUAAAAAAGUCAAAAAACAUUGUCCCAACCCUCCCCCAAAUCUGUAGCCCUAUGGGAAAUCUGGGCCCCUGGCUGCCGCUGCCCCAAGCCAGGACUGAGUUCCCUGUCUACCUGCACACAUCAGGUGCCCACCUUGUCUUGGGCUCCAUUUCCUCAGUCUCUGGGGCUUGCCAUAUUUGCCAAAGGUCAGACCCCAGGCACUGUCAGGGAAGCAGAGCUCCGCUGGCUGAUCACCUCUUCCACCUCUUCUAUCCACGUGCACUUCACAGUUUGCUAAGCCCUUCUCUCUGGACGUGCUCUUCGCCAGCAAAGAUGAGGUGGCAUUGCCUCCCCGUGUUCAAAAGGAAAGAGCCAGCCUGAGAGAAUGAAGAAACAUCCUAAGCCAGGACAGUAGUGGAGAAGCAGUGUCAGGGGCUGAGUCCCGGGCGUGUCUUGGCACCAGCUCUCCCGAGAACCAUCCAGUCCCACCCUAAGGGCCCCAGACUCCCAUGUUUAAAAACUGGACAACGGCAUCUUCGAACAAACUUUUGUUUUUUACAUCUAGAGUAAAUUAUUUAAAUUAUUUCACAAGGGAGAGGGAGAGGUAAUUUUUAUCAGAUAUUUUUUUAAGACUUUUUUUAAAAUUACGUUUUUGUUAAUGUUCUUGACUAAUGAAAUAGAGCGUGCCCUCAUCUCCUUAUACCGUAGCCUGGGACCCCCCCGACUGGUGACUCAGGAACUUUCUGAGAAUGAAGACAGCACUGAGAGAUGAGCUUUGAGGUGUAUCCACCUUAGCUCUACCAUAAUUGUCCUUCCUGGAACAAAACUUGAGAUUGUAUCAUAGAGAGAAACCAGAAGUCAAAAAUCAGUCUAUGCUUUUUCAUAUGAAACCGUGCCUGAAAUAGUUUAAAUGAUUGUUUUAAUGUUGCUGAAAUUCCUUGUACCUUUAUUAAAAAAUAAAAUAGAUUCGGAAUUGUGCAAUGGGAAGAAUGUAACAAAGUAAUAAACAUCUGUCUAGAAA